GCGCAAAGGGGCUUGGACGGAGAGGGGCAGGGGGGCUUGGGAAGGAGGGAUGUAGGGGUUUCGAGAUUUGGGAGGGAAACAAGGGGGUGGAGGUGGAUAGGGAAGAAGGGAGGGAGGGAGGGAACCCAAAGUCGGCGCGAAGAGUGAGGAGUAUCUCGAGAGAUGGGGGGGGAGAGGGGGUUAGAGGCGGAAGAGACGAUGGAUGCUAGUCAGAGUGAUGAACAGGUAGCAGGCUACGGGGAACCGUUGAUUGGUGGUGGGGGCAGAGGACAUGAUCAAAGCUUGAAGUUCGCUGAGGAGCACGAGGAAGAGGAGGAGGAGGAGGAGGAGGAGGAGGAGGGGGAGGGGGAGGGGGAGGAGUUCGACAAGAGAGGGAAAGAUGGGUAUGGGGGGGUUCGGCGGGGAGUGGAUGAUGAGGGAGAGGAGUACGAGGAGGUGGAAGUGGAAGCUCUAGAGGAGGAGGAUGAUUUGGGGAGAGAAGAUGGCAGAGAAGCGGGAGUGGUGGAGGGCCUGGAAGGCGAAACGGAGGAAGGAUAUGGCGGCGAGGACGGGGAGGAGGUGUACAGGGAAGAAAGCGGCAGCUUAGAGGAGGGGCAGCUUAUGGACCCUCAGUACAGAGGCGACGAGGAUCACGUCGGGGGUUCAAGUCUUGCAACAGCGUCGACGGGGGGUGCGGGGGGAGUAUUCGAAUCUGCGUUGGGGGAAGAGGGGGGGAGUUUUCGUGCUCCCGCUGCUACUGCUUCCGCCGGCAGGGGCAACCUUCGAGUCGUAUCUGUCGCUACGAAGAAACGUCCCGAACGGCGGGUCGGUCAAGAUCGGCGGCGCAAACGGGCCUCGACGUGGAAAAAGGGGAGGCCUAAAGUCCGUCAUACUCAUCCUGUGCCUGUUGGAGGGGGUAAAAAAGAUGGCCGAAGAUACCCGCAAGUCGAGGCCGGAGGAGGUGGUGCUUUGCCCCGAGAUAUGGAGCGAGGAGGAGGAGGAGGGUCUAUGGAGGAGAGCUACCCGACGAACUUCGCCGCAGAAGGUGUCGAGGAUAACGUGGCAAUUGAAAAGUUAGUCAAGCGGCACAACCCGCGUGCCACUGUUAAACAGCAGUUCCCCCCUGUAGCACAGGCGGAGGAUGGGGAGCAAGCAAUUGAUGCGAAGAUGCUGGAAGGCGCGACUCUCAAAGAACUUAGGAGGAUGUACACUGAUAAGUUCGGAAUGCAGACAACAUCAAACAACAGCCAUUGGUUGAGAAGGAAGCUGAUUGGGACGUUCGGUCCUCUGAAGCGGAAGGUGUCUGUGCUGGAUCCAUCGGCGAGGGGUAGUAGCUACGCUGGAGCCUCGCGUAGAGGCGAAGGGGCUCAUCAAAUGCCCACGGGAAGAAAUGUUUCUGCUGGAAAUGAUCAUCCGGGACCGACAUCAAUCAAGGCGUCCUUCCGGGACUCCUCUGGGACAGUAUGGGUGUGCUCGGGAGGUGAGCUUACGCGAAGUGAUGAUCGGCGAGCGAAGGUAUUGAAGAAGGGCUCGACCAAUGAGAGUGUCUUGGAUGGAAAACAGUCGCCGCCUGCAGUGCCGUCUAGUGUUAAGAAACAGAGGAGUGCACGGAAAGAUGGUGGGGGAAAAGGUUGGGCGAGCAUUGGUGCAGGAGGUGUUCGGCAGGCGAUUGUCGGGGGACCACAUCUUGAUUGGUUUGUCCCACAUAUGCUCGUGUGGGCCAAAGUGGAAGGGUACCCUUGGUGGCCAGCGAAGGUUGCUGAGAUUGAUGAGCUGCCAGAGGACAUCCAAAGGCAGAAGCGUGCCGGGCGCAAAUGUGUGAUGUUCUUUGGACCGGGCGCAACACCGGGCACGAGGAGCUUCUCUUGGGUGAGGGCUGAGCACAUGGCAGCAUAUGAUGAACACUUUGAAGAGUUCACUAAGCAGAUUUUACCGAAGAGAUGUUGGGAACAAGAUUUUGAAGCUGCAAUACAUGAGGCGGACUCAAUUUCCUUGCAAAGAGAUUACAGGGGCGGGCUCUCGCGAUCAGUGUACUCAGCAGACAGCUUAGGUGCGGGGUAUCAGCAGAAAGGGAGCAUGGAAGAAGCAGAUGAGGAGUUUGAGGAGGCAGAGGAGGAAGUGGAAGAGGAGGAGGCAGAGGAAGUGGAAGAGGAGGAGGAAGAAGAGGAGGAAGAGGAGGAAGAAAGAGAAAGAGGGGAGCAGCAAGGUUACACUGACGGGUCCGAAGUCAACAGUGAUGCGAGUGAUGAGUUAGAUGACGUGGCACUGGAUACCAGACGAACAACAUUCACACUCAGAACCAAAGGAAAAACCAUUGUCAUCUCUGGAAAAAGAAAGAGGCAGCGCGAAGAAGUAGAUGAUGAAGGAGGUGAUGUAGGUGAGGCAGGGCAUUUCUCUGACAAUGAGUAUGGGAUGGGUGCUAGGGAACGAGGGAGCUGUGAUAGCCAGAAGAGGCAUGAUAUGUUGGAUGACGAUGACGAUGAGGGGAAUGAGAGCGUACAAGGUUGGGGUAUCAAGGCCGCAGGGCGGAUGCAUCAUGCCGAUGGUGAGGAAGAGGAGGGAGAUGGCGAGGAAAGGAUGUUUGCCAGAGGCAUGGGAAUGCGUAAUAGAAUAAGGAGGGAGGGCCGUGACGAUGAUGCUGACAGUUCUGAUCAAUAUAUUAUGUUGGAAGAUGGCUCCAAGAGGGAGAGACCAAAAGGGGAGGACAAUUAUUAUUACGACUGUAUGGUCUGUAAUCAGGGCGGGAACCUCCUGUGCUGCGACGGGUGCCCAAGGGUCUACCACCUGUACUGUCUGUCACCACCUCUUAAGAGGCCGCCGGCAGGCAAAUGGCGAUGCCCAGUUUGCAGGAAACGUGCAGAAAUGGCAGGCAAGCAGGUUCACCAGAAGAUGCAGUACCUGCGGUAUAAGGAUGAUGCAAUGGCAGCGAAGAGGGAGAAAGAGAAAGAGCGGAAGGCCCGAGUCAAGGGGAAAAAGGAUGACAUUGCGAGGAAGUCCAAGAAGAAGAAAAAAGUGGAAGAUUUGGGAAGAAGUCCCCAAAAGAACAAGUGCAGGAGAUGUGGGAUGGGAAUGCUGGGUGGGAAAGAGGUGGGUUCAUUAGUAUGCGACAGCUGCAAAGGACUCGGAGGAGAGCACACAACAGCGAAAACCCCUCUGCGAGGGGGCAUCUCUGAUGGCCCAGCUGUGAAGGUCAGCAACGGAGAUGGGACUGGUGAAGAGGAGGUCAGCUGGGCGUGUGAGACCUGUGGAUUAAGUGGAUACGUAAUCUGCUGCGAUAACUGUCCAAGAGUGUACCACCUCACAUGUCUCUCUCCUCCAUUAAAGAGGGUUCCGAAGGGGACGUGGAUUUGCCCUGCUUGUGAGCGAGGAGAAGAGAAAGAGGUGGAUCGCAUCCUUGGAUGCAGAUGGAAGAAGAAUGGUGUAUUGGGAGUGGGAGGGAGCAGAGGGAAGGAUGUGGAUGUGGGCACUGGGAAUGUAGGCGUGAGUGAGGUCAAUGGCCGUGCGGUGAAGUCAGAGGCGGAAGGAGCGAAGCCAGAGGGGUCUCAAGGUGUGAAGCAGGAAGAUGGCACAAGCAACGGGCCAAGCAAUGCUGAAAAACGGCAAACAGGAGAGAGAAAAGACAGGGAUGCUACAGGGAAUGGCAUGAUGAAUGACACUAAAUCAGCUGAUUCUGAAGAAGAUGGGAUGGAGUUCCUUGUAAAAUGGGCUGGCAAAGCCCAUAUGCACAAUGGGUGGAUCAGUGAGAGCAAGCUGAAAACUCUUGCCAGGCGGAAGCUGGAGAACUACAGGUUCAAAUACGGCUAUGGGCCAAUGCUGCUCAUGGAAGAGCAAUGGACUCGUCCUCAACGGGUUGUAGCAAAACGCAAAGGAGGGGGAGGGAAGAUGGAGGUACUUGUCAAGUGGUGUGGGUUGCCGUAUGACGAGUGCACGUGGGAGAAGCUCGAUGAUCCCAUUCUUACGGAGAAUAGUCACUUGCUACAGUGCUAUGAGCGAUAUGAAGAGGAGGCAUUGAAGAUUGAGGAGUGCAUUGCCAAAGGACAGGCAGAGGGAACAGUGGUGAAGGACUUCAGCAGCGACAAGAGGGGAGGAGCCCCAAGGAUGGACUGGGGCCCUGGAAGGGCAGCCAUGGGUGCUCUAAUGCCAAUGGAGGUGGAGACAUUGACAGAGCAGCCACCUCUGCUGAAAGGUGGCACACUAUUUCCACAUCAGAUGGAAGCGUUGAAUUGGCUGCGGAAGUGCUGGCAGAAGCGAAAGAAUGUUAUCCUGGCCGAUGAGAUGGGAUUGGGGAAAACUAUAUCCGCUGCAGCCUUUGUCUCUGCGGUUCACUACGAGUUCAAGGCAUGGGCGCCUUGUCUUGUCCUGGUCCCUCUGUCGACAAUGCCUAACUGGCAAGCAGAGUUUUCACUCUGGGCGCCGGAUUUGAAUGUCGUGGAUUAUCAUGGCAGUGCGAAAGGCCGAGCCUUGAUUCGUCAGUACGAGUUCUAUGCCCAUUCAAGUGGGGGAACUCCAUCGGCACCUGGAGCUCCGAAGAGGCAGCGGGCGUACAAGUUCCAUGUGAUGCUAACGACAUACGAGAUGGUUCUACAGGAUACCUGCUUUCUGAGGUCGAUUCCAUGGGAGGUCUUAGUGGUGGACGAGGGGCACCGGCUGAAGAACUCAGAGAGCAAGCUGUUCAUGUUGUUGAAUACAUUCUCGACAGCUCACAGGGUCCUUCUGACGGGAACGCCAUUGCAGAACAACCUAGGAGAGAUGUACAACCUGCUCAACUUCUUGCAGCCGGAUAAGUUUCCGUCCCUGGCAGCUUUCCAGGAGAGCUUCUCAUCGUUAAGCACGGCAGAGCAGGUGGAGGAGUUGAAGAGGAUGGUGGCACCACACAUGCUGAGACGUCUAAAGAGGGAUGCAAUGCAGAACAUCCCACCAAAGACUGAAAGGGUGGUGCCUGUAGAGUUGACUUCUGUGCAGGCAGAGUAUUACAGGGCUCUUCUGACGAGGAACUACCAACUUCUCAGGCAAGGAUCCAAGGGCAGCUCCCAUACCUCGAUGUUAAAUAUCGUUAUGCAGCUUCGGAAAGUGUGCAAUCAUCCCUAUCUCAUGCCAGGGACGGAGCCGGAGGUGGGGUCGCAGGAGUUCUUGCAAGAGAUGCGGAUCAAGGCAUCAGGAAAGCUGACUCUGCUGGAUCAGAUGCUUGGAAAGCUGAAGGAGGAAGGACACAGGGUGCUGAUUUUCUCUCAGAUGACAAAGCUCUUGGACAUCUUGGAAGAAUACCUGACCUACCGGUUUGGGCACGAGUCCUAUGAGAGGGUGGAUGGGUCGGUUGCUGUGUCUGAGAGGCAGUCAUCCAUUGCAAGGUUCAACAAGGACAAGUCACGCUUUGUGUUUCUUUUGUCCACUAGAUCAUGUGGGCUAGGCAUCAACUUGGCAACAGCAGACACUGUUGUGAUCUAUGAUUCAGACUUCAAUCCCCAUGCUGAUAUUCAAGCCAUGAACCGAGCGCACCGUAUUGGGCAGUCGAAGAGGUUGCUAGUUUACCGGCUUGUAACUCGUGCGAGUGUGGAGGAGCGCAUCAUUCAGCUUGCAAAGAAGAAACUCAUGCUUGACCAUCUCUUUGCGAACAAGGCGGGAAGCCAGAAGGAGGUGGAGGACAUCCUCAAGUGGGGGACAGAGGAACUCUUUCAGGAUCAAGGAGAAGAAGGGAUUGGAACAAUUACAGAAGAAGGGGAGGAGGGUGAACUGAAGCGCACAAAGAGGGUUGGGGGCCUGGGAGAUGUCUAUGAAGACCAGUGCCACAAGGCAGACCGUCCCAAGGCAAGUCGAUCAUGCUUAAGUCAGGGAUCGCCGUUGGUCUAUGAUGAGGCAGCAGUGAUGAGGCUCCUGGACCGAUCCGAAGAUGCAGGCGGAGAGAACAUGGAGGUGGACGAGCAAGAGAAUGAUAUGUUGGGGUCCCUGAAGUCCUGGGAGCACCUGGAUGAGAAAGAAGAUGAUAUGGAUGUUGCACCAGAGGAGGCCCAGAAGGCAGCUGAGGCAGCAGGGGAAGGUAGCAGGGGUACGAAGAGGAAGAUAAGUCCAGAAGACGAGGACAACAAGUGGGAUAUGCUGCUUCGCUCUAGGUGGGAGAAGAUGCAGAGUGAAGAGGAGGCAGCACUUGGUAGAGGGAAGAGGAAGCGGACGGUUGUUUCCUACAACGAGUCUCAGGCUGUCCGGACAGUGACGGAGCCGGGAGAUGAGACGGAGGAAGAGGAGCCUGCCCGCGAGUACACUGAAGCAGGCAAAGCACUAAAGGAGAAACUUGCCAAGCUCCGUGCACGGCAGAAGGAAAGAAUCGCGAACAGAGGAAAGGUUCAGGAGCAGGCUGCAGCAGCUGCGGCGGCGGCAGCCAAGGCAGCUGAAGCGGCCAAGCAAGCCGCAGCAGAGGCGGCUGCCAAAGCCGAGGCAGCAGCAGCAGCAAGUAAGGCGAUGGCCUUGCAGAGUCAGGUGCCUUCUUCAGGGUCGAUGGGUCCACCUAGGAUGGCUAUUCCAAGCACGCAGGUGCCAAGCUCGGCUCACAAUCAGCGACACGGGAGUCUAAACUCUUGGCAUGGAGCGAGCCCGGUGCAAUGGUCGCUUCACCUUGGGGGCCACAAACUAUCGCAAUCGAGCCCACAGCAACUCUCACAAUCUCAAGAUCACCAGCAAAUGCAACCUGGUGGCCACGGAUCUUCAUCUUCUCGAGGGCUGGGAUCUGCGCAUGCGAAUGGAGAGGGGCGAAGUACUGGUGGCCAGGAUUCUCAGUCUUCACAGAACUUGCAGAACGGAGGUACCGGGGAUGGAAAACCUGUCUCAGCGGCACCUCAUCUCCCUACUUGUUCAUUUCAAGGAACAUCUCUGCCCCUGUCUUCAUCCCAAGUCACAGCUGAUAAUGGAGCCAAAAAGACUACAUCCGUGGAUGGCAGUCAAAAGGGUAACACUGGCCUCGUGAAGGUGACAUCUAUCAACAAUGUCGAAACCAGCCGUGAGGGGAAUGUAUCGUAUCCUCAUAGGAUCUACACUGUGCUGGGCAUACCAAUUGGGCCAAAAGGAGCAGGGCAUGUGACUCCAACAGCAGCGUCCAUGGCAGCUGCGGCGCAGGCUCUUGCUGAGGCUAAUGCCCGGUGGAAAGCAGCUCAAGCAGUCCGAGAGAAGAGGACCUCUGCAGCAGGGACCGGACAGCUGCUUGCGUCCACAGCUCCGUCAUUAUCCCAACAACAGCAGCAGCUGGCAUCAUCCUCGUCGCAGCGGCCCCAACCCAGCCAAGCGGAGGGGUACAUGCAGCCACCACAGCAGGCUCCUUCCCUCACACGGUCAGAGCUGCAAUUGGACUUGUCCCAACCACCCGUUUCAAGUUCUGAGCCCUCGAUACAGCUGCAAAGUCAGUCGCAAGUGCAGCAAUCAGGAGCACAAACAGGUUCAGCGAGUGGUGGUGGAAGCGGUGUGGGUGGCCUUUACUUGUCACAAGGCCUCCGCCCCCUGGCACCAAGGUCAGCACCAGCAGGAAGCAGCGCUGCAGCAGCGACCAUGCCAUUGUUUAGUAAACUUCCGUCGGUACCUGAUUCACAGCAGCACCAGCUGCAUCCUUCCCAAAAACCAGAACAGCAGCACCAACAACCAGCAUUGCAUACGAACAAGCAGCAGCAGCAGCAGCAGCAACGGCAACAGCAACAUCAGUUACUUCAGCAACAGCAUUUACAACGAUUGCAACAUCUUCAGCACCCAAAACAACAACUUCAGCAAUCAUCGUCUCAGGUGUCCACAACAUUGCAACUUGCACAGCAACAGCAGCAGCAACAGCAACAGCAACAACUCCUCAUCAAGCAGUCGCUGAUGAACUUGCAGUUUCCACCACCUCCCCAGUUGCAGCAGCCGAGCUCUCAACAACAGGGUCAAACUCAGCCAUCUUCAUUGUCAUCAAGUAGUGUAACUCUUCCGCCAAUGCCGCCGACUGUUCUGAAACCCAGGCCAGGAUCUCCACUCAUCAGCUUCGGGAGCAAAGCACAGCUUAGUCAGAUGCCAGGUAGCGGGAUUGAUCUACAAAAGCUUGCUCAUUCUUUCCUAUGCGGCCCAGGAUCAGGAAUCUCAACAUCAGCCAUGAAGCAUAUGGUGAUGUCGGGGAAUUCGGAUGGUUCGAACCGGAGGUCUCUGUCUCAUGCAUCAAGCCAAAUGGACCACGCGCAGGGUUCACAAGCGUCAUUCAUGUUCAACAUGGGUAAACAGCAGAUGCCUCCAUCGCCAGCUGUAGGAACUCCACGGGACUUGCAUGGACUCACGGACAUGACAGCACCGGGUCCUGUGGGUCCUAGCCUUGUACCAAUACACCCGAAGGCUGGAUUAGGUGCCUCAGGUGCACAUUCUUCUGCGAACCAUCCCGCUGUCCCUCCAAUGCACCUUCCGUUUCCUCACGCAUCUCCAACACUGCAUAUAUCACCCCUUCUACAUGACACCCAGCAAUCGCCUGCGGCAUUACAAGCGGCCGCAGCGAGAUUGUAUAGGAACAAUCAAAGGCUGGCUGCCAAGGCCCAGGGACAAGCCAAGGUUGCUGCUAGUCUGACCAACUCUUCCAUGUCCAACUUCAGUUCAGGCUCAAGGAUGGCUGCGGCUGCUGCAGCAGCUGUCGCUGCAGCAUCACAAACACAACAGAAUCUCCAAGCAAGGGGCGCACUGCACUCUCGGCUCCCACUUCACAGCAGGGACACCAGCAGGGCAGGACUAGAGCAAGGGAAGGGCCUCGUCGGUGACCACGGGCUGGGUAUGGAAGCAGCAAGGCAAAGUGAAAGAGGCACUGGUGGUCCAGGAGGGACCAGCCAGCCACAGGGCGGGUUGUCUUCAUCGUUGACACUCGGCAAAACGGUGGUUCCUCGACAAGAGCAGGCAUCGCGUGCCUCAUCCUUGUCGGACAAACCCUCUGAGGAAGUAUCACGGAACUUUAUGGAACGGACUGUUCAAGGAUCUCAUCAUGAUGGCUCGAAGGCAAGUCAUUCAAAGCCGGCACAGAGUCCUGAACCGGUGUCGAAGUCGUGUGAGCGAGGAGUGGAGCGUGCAGUGGGAGGACUACGAAUCGUUGUGAAGAAUGUGAAGAAAGAAAGCAAGGCGGGCGCAUAUGCGAGCGAGGAAUCCUCUUCGGAUGAUGAAGAGGAUGACAGUCAAGAGGAAAGAGAUGCAGAAGCAGAGGGAUCAUCUUGGACAGAACAAGAGAAUUAUGCCCUCUGGAGUGGUGUGAGGUGUUAUGGAAAAGGGGCUUGGGAUAAAAUGCUUGAAGAUCCAUCGUUACACUUUGCCAAGGGCCGCACGCUGGGCAAUCUUGCGGCACGGUGGAAAGCAGAGGAGAUGAAAAUGUUCGGUGCGCCUCUGAAGACAUCCAAACGAGAGAAAGGAAGGAAGAAGAAGAAGAGGAGGAAGAGGAAGAAGGCGAAGAGCAGGUUGGGGCACAGUGCUGGAGAGACCAGCUGUGACCCUGAUACUCGCAGCUCGCAGAUGGGUGGCAGGCCGAGUGAUGCAGAGAGCAGUGAACAGUCAGAGGAGGAUGCCAGUGGCAGAGACAAUGAUGGAAAUGGGCCACGACGAAGAAAGAGUGGCAGCGCCAUGGUGCUGCACAGCUCUCAACUUAAGUCAGAGCGGCACAGCGAGCAGGACCGUGAGGAAGGCUCCAGGACGGAGAAGAGAGAAGUCUCAAGAAAACCAACCGGUGCUCUGUCAGAAGAUGAGAGUGUGGUGAACAGGGACAGAGUGUCGGAUCAUGGAUUGCAACGGACGAAAGACAGACUCGACAAGGCUACGAGUCGAAUCGCUGGGAACAGUGAUGUGUCAUUGCGGAAAAGGGGUUCUGAUCGUGAAGAAUAUGGAACUGGCAGAAAGAAGAAGAAAGUAGAACGUGAUGGUGCUGAGAUGGAGGAGCCUGUCGGAUCAGGUGAAGGGGAUGAUGCUCAGGCUAGGGAGGUUGAGGGCGGUGCAGGCCAGAAGGAUGAUGACCGGUCUGUUAGGCGGGCUGAGAAAGCUGUCGACGCGGCUGACCCAUCUCAGAGAAAGUCAAAGUUCAGAGCGGAAGAGUCAAGAGUGGGUGCGAAUGAUCCAGUUUCUAGGCAGUGGCAAUCUGGCUUGCGGAACGAGGGUGACAAUGCUCAAGCAUCCUCCGACUCCACGGUCUCAGGGUCAGCCAAGUUCAGGUCUCGUGUAUCCACGCCUCCACAUGCUGGCACAGACGAACAUGUCAUGGAUGAUUCAAAGGCAUUGGUACCUCUAUAUUCUGCUCAGCACCAGGAACACUCUGCUCGAGCUUAUCGAGAGGAUGGAAAUGGAGGUGCAAGCAGAGCCAGCAAUGACUCUGCUACCGGGCCUGGGGCAACAAGGGGUGCCAAGAAUGGCAGCGUGGUGAGGCCGGGUGAUGCCGAGACUCCUGUAAAGCCAGAUGAGAUCGGAGAGCUGGACUGCCGGAGUGGGCAGCAGGUCCUCCCUGGUCCAUCAGGUGCAAGUCAAGUGCCCACUGAUGGGACCAGCAAACUUCCGCACUGGCUUCGUCAGGCUACAUCAGGCAUUCGCCCAGCCGGGCCUCCGGUCGUGACACCACCAGCUCCACCUGUGAUCACCGGACCACCCGUGCCUCUGCAUCACAGAAUUGCGGCUGCUCCUAUGCGGCCAACACCAGCCCCAUGGCAGUCUAUGCCUCCUGCCAUCCUCGCUGUGGCACAGGCCACCGUCUUUCUUUUCCGAAACCACAAACCGCUUCUGUCACCCUUUGCUCACCCUCCACCCCUGCCUCCUCCCAGGGAUCUCCCUAAGCUAUUGAAAAAGAAGAAGCUGAGGAGGGCAAGUGGCAAGCAUCCUGGAUCUGGUGCUGGGAGGGAGGGGAGUGGGGGCUCAAAGGGACCGGGCUGUGCAUUUGCGGGGAGCCUUAUGGGAGGAGGCACAAGGAUGAUGGGCCCGCUGAUGGGCACUGCAGGCGGCUCAACCUCGUCAUCGUCCUCUCAGCAGCCCAGGUCAGCAUCUGCCUUGUCUCAUUUUGCAACCCUCUCCCCAUCGGCCGUGCCGCCCCUCUCACCAUCCUUUGUCAAUCUGGGUGCUGGCUCUGGCAUGCCAAUGAAUCAAUCAUUGACCAUGAUGUCCCCUGUCCUGCCUCUCUCCUCGAAAGCCCUGGCAGAUUCGGCAGGGUCAUCCCAUGCGCCGCCUCUGACCCUUCCUGGGUGGCCGUCGUACGUGAGCGACGCAAAUAAGUUAACACUGGACACACGCCCAUCCACACACCUAUUCCUUUCUCCCGUCGCACCCCAUCAAGGUGUCAGCCCAACGUCCACGCCCCAGCAAGGCCUUCGGUCUUCCAAGGUGGGGAUGGACAUGGAUCUUUCGUCAAAGCUGGCUAACAGAGCACCGUCUCCCUCACCCUCUUCCUCCACUCUGUUUACCAUGGAGUACAUCCAUCCUCCCAGUUCAGCACCAAUGAUGUUGGCCCAGUCGUCCGCACAGCCCUCAGGCUUAGGAACUCAUCAUCAACCUGCAGGUGGAGCCUUUUUAUCAUCAAAAACAUUUCAGCUGGAUUCACCAGCAGCGCCGGGUGGAAAGCCUUCCUCAUUUCCUGGCGUGGGGAAAACUCCCGUGCGCUCCUCGUCAAGUUCACCUUAUCUGGACACGGCCUACCUGCCUGCCAGGGCAGCACCCUCCUUCCCAGCCCAUCUUUCGUGGAUGACAGCCCACAUGCCUUGUCCCUCUCAACAGCAGCCAUCCAUUCACCAACUCAUGCCUCCCUCCCAAUCGUCACGAGGACAUUCGUCCAUCAUGGUGCCCGCUCUGUCAACACAAGCGGGUUCUCCGGAGGACGAUGUAGCAAGGAACGGUGGUGCGAGGUUUGACGAGGGCGGGAAGCAAAAGAGUAGGUCAGUACACCACCACAUUAGAAGUAGAUUGCGAAGGGAGAGACAUGGGGAGGACGUGCGCCGUGAAGGGGCACAGAGAGGUGGUGACUACGGUGGUGGUUCAGGUGCCGAGGACUCGACGGAUGAGACUGUGUCCGAUGAUGAAUUGAACUAAGGGACAAGUGACAGCACAGUGUCUGGAGCAGAGAGGACAGUUAGUGCUUCCGCUUCCCGUGCCCUGUGCUGCCCCUGCGAUGUGUGAGCUCGUCUUUCACAAAUCUGGUGCUUGAGCCAGUCUGCAGAGGAAGACAGAGCUUAUUAGCACGGUCUUAUCUUAUUCUUUUGUGGCGAGUGAGGUAAUUCUUUUUGCAGAACAGGUCAAUUCCCUGCUUGUACAAAGUGAUGAUGGAACAGUGUUGGCACCUCCCGUACCAAUCAACAGGUGUUUGUAAAUGCCUCUACCCCCCCCAAGUUAUGGCACCGGAUAUGAUCCCCCGGGACUAUGGAACACUCCUUGCACUGCGCCAUCGGUCCCGCUUCGCCCUGGCUAGUUUUGCCACUCCUUUCGCUUCUUGGGGGGUUGUUGUAUUGCAUGAGGGCUGUCGGCGGGCGGGGGGCGACGAGGUGUAGUACGAAAGGAGGAGCGACUUGGGCGUUCCACGGAACGGGAUGAAAGUAGUAGUUCGAUGUGGAUGAUGGACCUGGACAUGGUCCGCCGACGGUUGGAUAUAUGAGCCACCAUUGGGAUGUAAGUUGCUGUAGAUUGGGCAGGAUCACCAAAAUUACUGAUAAUUUUCUUUCUUUGCAAAAUUUAGACAUAGAGGCAGGCAGGCAGGCAGGCAGGCAGGCAGGCAGGCGUGGAAUACAAAAGUUUUUUUCUUUUGUAAGGUGUGUGUGAGUAGGUCCUUUGGGUAGUUAGUGUCAUGUUGCUGGUCCGCUAGCAGGGCCAGUUUGUGCGUGAGGUAUCCAGGUUAUUGCUGAUAGUUUUUAACUUUUAAUCGUUGGUGAAUUAAUAAUUUCAGCCACUCUUUUCCUAUUUUUCCAUCUCCUGGAGUGUCCCUCUGCGAU